GUCGGCGCUCACUGCACGGAGGUCCCUGCAGGCCAGGGUCCCCAGGCGGCAUGGCCGGACCAGGCCCCCAAAGCUACGUGCGAGAAUUCACCCGCCACUCCAGCGAUGUCCUGCGGAACCUGGAGGAGCUGCGCCAGCGCCAGCUGCUCACCGAUGUCACCCUGCGCGUGAGAGGGCGCCCCCUGCAGGCCCACAAAGCCGUGCUCGCCGCCUGCAGCGGCUUCUUCUACUCCAUCUUCCUGGGCCAGGGAGGCCACCAGGUGAGCGUGCUGACUCUGCCCAGCUCCAUCGAGCCGGCGGGAUUCCAGGCCCUGCUGGACUUCAUGUACACCUCCCGCCUCCUCCUCAGCCCGGGCUCCGCGCCCGCCGUCCUGGCCGCCGCCUCUUACCUGCAGAUGGAACACGUGGUGGAGAGCUGCCAUCGCUUCAUCCGGGCCAGCUACGAGCGCGCACCCUGCCUCUCGGCCCCGCCGGCGCCCGCCUUCCUUCCCGGGCAGAGCGACGCGGAGGGGCCCGCCGCCGUGGGCUCCCCCAGGCCGGGGCCAGAGCCGCCCGCCGGGCCCUGCUUCCCCAAGGACAAGGAGCCGGGCGCGGGCAUGUCCCCGGGCGCGGGCGGCCAGGCUCCUCCCGGGCAGCCCUCCUCUCCCCGCGGCUCCAGCAGCUGCGCGCCCAGCCCCGACCCCAAGGCCUGCAACUGGAAGAAGUACCGCUUCAUCGUCCUCAACUCCCUGCAGCGAGAGGGGAGCCAGGAGAGCGGCCAGGCCGGCGCCCGCCAAGCCUCCCCCGGGCCCCUCGAGGAAGGAAGCGCGCCGCGCAGGACACCUCCCGCACAGAACCACGGCUGCCCCAUCUGCCACCAGCCACCCCCCUGGCUCUGCCUGCAUGCUGGAGAGGAAGUUCCCAAGGGCCAGGGAAACCCCUCUGGUGCAGGCUCUUCCCAAUAUGACCGGCAGGCUUGUGGUUUAGGGUACCUGGAGGAGGAGGAGGAGGAGGAAGGACGCGGCGCUCCAGCACAGCCUCCCGCUGAGGAAAAGCCUUACAAGUGUCAUUUCUGCAACUCUGCUUUCCGAUACAAAGGGAACCUGGCCAGCCACAGGUCUCUGCAUACAGGAGAGAAACCGUAUUGCUGCAGGGUUUGUGGGGCCCAGUUCAACCGGCCAGCCAAUCUCAAGACUCACCUGCGCAUCCAUUCGGGGGAGAAGCCCUUCAAGUGUGAGACGUGCGGCUCUCGUUUUGUGCAGGUAGCUCACCUACGGGCCCACGUUCUGAUCCACACAGGGGAGAAGCCCUACCCCUGCGACACCUGUGGGACACGCUUCAGGCACCUGCAGACACUCAAGAGCCACAUCCGCAUUCACACAGGCGAGAAGCCCUAUCAGUGUGAGAAAUGCAACCUGCGCUUCCGCCACAAGAGCCAGCUGCGGCUUCACCUGCGACAAAAACAUGGCGCCAUCACCAACACCAAGAUCCGCUACCAAGUUCUCGAUGGACCAUAUGCCACCCUCUGCUAAGCAGGAAAGGCACUGCUCCCCCCACCCAAACCAGCAAAUCUGCAUUCAGGCUGAGGUGUUGGUGGAACGGAUUCCCGUCCUGAGAUUUGGAUUCCGCUAUUGGAAAUGUGCAUUCCAUGCUUGGUUCAGUAUUUAGAGUUUCUGAAGAUAGUACCGGUUGUUUUAUGCCUCCCAGACCCCAAAAUUUCCCAGAUCUUGAAGCUGAAAUCCACAAUUUGGACAGUUCAACAGGUUUUGAAUGUUUAAAUUGUUAUUUUAUUGCCGCUAUACUCCAGGCUUCACCAAAACUUGUGUGUGCUUGUGCACGUGUGUGUGUGCAUGAAUGCACAUGAGCACAUAUAUACAGGGAGCAUCAUUCCUCAGAAUGCAAGUGAGUUGUGGAGAGGGAGGAAAGAUCACCUCCCUACCGCUGACAACUCCACAUUUCAGCCUCCCCCCUCCCAAGUCCCAGGCCCUGCUCUCCUCUCAGAGGUAGAGAAGGACUGCUGAGGUCUCUUUAUCCUACCCAGCUCUGCAGGCAGAGCUAAGGAGAAGUGGGGGCCCAGCUUUUCACCAGGACUUACAUAUUACUUAGCCCGUUGAUUAAACGGGGAGCUUCCUCACCAGCAGCCACUCACCCUGUUUGAACCAUGCCCUUGGGGCGACACUGCAGCGGCUGAGCUUGGGCCUGGGUGGCAGCAGGGUGGAUUCAGGGGGCAAAGCUUCUCCCCUCCUGCACUGCUGGUGGCCAGGACUGAACCAAGCCCCCGCAGAGCAGCAAUGCCCCCUCCUUGUGCCACCCCAAAUGCUUGCUUGGAUAGCUUAGCUCAAGGACCAGCCCCGGCACUCUCAGAGCCCCUGUCCUAGCAGGGUUCCCUGCUUUGCUGCCCUGCAGAACGCUGGAAGAAGCUGGGCUCUGAACCUUUCAUGUUAACUUACAGGGAUUUAUUAGUAUAAAGAGAAUGUCCAACAUAUUAACAUCUUUACUCUUUUUUUAAAAGUUCAUUUCCUGGGUGAACCUCUUGCCUGUUUAAUAUAAUAACCUUUGAAAGAAUGUCUCUUCUUUCUGAUGCAUUUAGAGCUCCCUCAUUAUAUUCAAAGGUGAUCAAAGGCCUUUCUAGAAAGGAUCCAGAAAUGGGCAGUGGCAAAAGAGCUCCUGGAUUCUGCAGCCUAGAACCUCAGGCUGUCUCUCCAGAAAUAAGCUGGCCCAAGAAGGAUGUUGAUAGGUGUUGUCGAAGAGGCCUGAGACCCUUGCUGAUUUCUGGGCAGACUGGACAGAGAGUUGGAAGAAGAGGCAGGAAAUCUCUUGCCAAAGGCUUGGUCUCUCGGUCCAGGUUGGACCAACCGAGGUCUGGCCAGCGGUGGCCUGCUUCUUUUGCAUUCAGAGUUUGUUUGGAUCAGAAAUUGAUUCCUGUGAAAUGGAGGGAUCUUUUCUAGGGCUAAGCCUCCCCUCCUCCUGGAAAGAAGGUUCUGAGAUCACCAAGUUGGCCUAAUCUGGGCCCAGGUGCAAAAUGUAUGAAAGCAUCUGAAUGUAUAGGCAAGUAUCAGGCUAAGGGAUCUUUGACUCCCGAAAGCUCACACCUUGGACAUCUAGUUGGUCUCUAAGGUGCUACUGGACUUGAAUGCUGCUCUUCUGCUACAGACCAACAUGGCUACCCACCUGAAACGAUCUGAUCUUGGUGCACUUGGCGUCAGGUAGGAAGUUGUGGCUUUGGAAGAAAACAGAUCAAAUAGGCAGGCUCCUUUUUGAUCUUAUCAAGGGAUGGGGAGGGGGAAAUGGAAAGAAAUUAGAAUCAAUUGGAGUUUUAAGGAAAUUUAUUCAUCGAUGCCAAUGUCAAAACUGUCUCUUUGUAAGGUCCCCAAGCUAUAUAUGCUCUAUCUUGUUUCAAUAAAGCUAA